GAGAUUUAAAAAUUUUAUUGGUUAUAGAAUUUUGUAUAAAUGUAUAUUGAUAACAAAAUAUUCAAAAUAAUAAAUAACAUGAACAUUUAAAAAAUUUAGAGUAACAACCGUAAGCUAAUGACUAAAACAGUAAUAAACUAGGUAAUAAACAUUCAAGCAAGAGAUCUAAAAUCAUGUCGACGAUUUCAGAAUUCAAACAAUUAUUCGACAAAUUUUUACGGGAAAAUAAAUGUCCAACUGGAGAAAUUGUGAAAAAAGUAUAUUAUUUUCCUGUUGAUCAGUUAAAGGCGAUUUACACAUCUAUGCUUACAACUACCAAUAUACAAUGGUCACAAUUUCAACAGAUGUUAACAAAAUAUGUUGAAAAUUUGGAUUUUUGUUAUUACUCAUGGGAAUGUUUUUCAUUAAUUGUACAACAUUUGAAUACAGACAAAACAAAUGUAUACAUGUUUACAAAUCUUUUAGGAUUAGUAAAAAUUCCUACUGAAAAAAAUAAAGAUGACAAAUUACUAUUUAAAAAUAACAAACGGCCCCAAUUUAAAUAUAAUUCAGAACAAUUAAAAUCAUGGGUCACGAUAGUUUGGGAUGAAAUGAAACCUUUUAUGUUAUCAAAUAUUAAAAUUAGACGAGAGAUGCUAACACUGUUGAUUGAAAAAAUGCAAAUGAACUUAAAUAAUCCUCUUGUAACUGCAGAUUUCCUAAUGGAUUCAUUGGAUACUCCUGGUCCAAUUGCAAUAUUAGGACUUCAAGGAAUUUUUAUUUUGGUCAAGGAUUAUAAUUUAGAAUGUCCAAAUAUUUACGGGAAACUUUACAACUUUUUUACCACGGAUAUGUUUAAUUAUCGGUAUAAAACCAGAUUGUUUUAUUUGGCUGAUAUUUUUCUUCGUUCAACUCAUUUACCCGAGCUGCUUGUUGCUGCAUUUGUUAAACGGAUGGCUAGACUUUCGUUGAUUGCACCACCCACUGAUAUACAAAUUAUGGCAGCAUUUAUUGGAAAUUUAUUAAUUAGACAUCCGCCGUUAAAAGUAUUGAUUCAAAGUGAUUCCGUUGUUGGUUCGGAUCCUUAUAUUUUUGAAGAAAAAGAUCCAUUAAAAUCAAAUGCAUUAAACAGCUCACUAUGGGAACUUGUCUCUUUAAAACAACACAUUCUACCAAAAGUGGGAAAAUCAGUAAACUUUUUAUUUAAAAAAUUGCCACAAGUCGAAUGGGACAUGAGUGAAUUAUUAGAUGACUCUUAUGAAAGUAUGAUCGAUGAAGAAUACAAGACAGAUUUUCAAAAAGUGAGCUUAACAUAUGAAAAACCAGUUUCAUUUUCUGUACCAUUAUCCAAUCAUAUAGACGACUUAUGGACUUUGGAUGAUUAAAUUAAACUAUGUUAUUUCUUAAUGAUGUAUAUUAUUCAAUAUAUGUUACUUUAUAUUUCAUGUAACUGUACAAAUUGAGCCUAUAUUAUUAUGGUGUUAUCUCAUCUAGUGAUACGAUAAGGAUUCUGAAAACAGAUUUUAAUCCAUUGCAAGCCUAAUUCAGAACUUUAUCCACCAAAUUAAUAAAUGUUGUUGGCCACCGUUUUUGAAUGAUUCGAGGGAAAUAUUUGAAAAUGUUGUAACUUAUUUGAUAUCAGAAUCCUGAUCAAAAAAUACUUGUGUAGGAGUAUGCUGUUAAUAGACGAUGGAGCCAUCCUAAUGUGAAACAUAGAUUAAACAUGCACAUGUAUGUUCAAUCUAUGUGUGAAUUAAUAAAUUGUUGAUAAUUAUAAAUAUUUUAAGUAAGGUAAAAUUAAUCAAAUAUUUAUAGUUAAAAUGUAUAUUUCAUUAAGAAUAAUUUCUGAGCUUACUUUAAAUCUCAAUUUUAUUUAACAAAUAAAUUUAUUUCGAUUCAAAUGAAAUAUUGUUCACGCUUGUACAAUGCUAAACGCUCAACUGUGAUAUCUUAAUUAAACAUAAGGAAAAUUAAUAUUACGUUUAAC